AUGUCGCUCAAACGAAAAGCCCUUGCGGACGCUGCGAAUGGUCGAUCCUCUAAACGCUCCACGCCUGCUCCCUCGACGCCUGUAAGCAUCGAUAGCGACGAAGAAUAUUUUGAAGGAUCCGACCCACGCUCCCAAGAACCUAGUGAUAGCGAGCAAGAGCACAUUCGAAAGGCCAGAGCGAGGUUGGACUUUAGUUCCUUCCAGGGUACAAAGCACAAACAAAAGCCGUCGAUAUUCGGAGAGAAAGACUUCUCGUGGCUCUCACUGAAGCCUGAUCAUGAGAAUAGGCCGCUGUGGAUAGACCCAAAUGUGUCUAUUGGGUCGAAAAAGGGCCCCAAGAUCACCCUAGAGAGCUUCUCUCCGUUGUCUGCACAGGCGACGGAUCUGCUUACCACCAUCGCAGAACCCCAGUCGAGACCUUCCUAUCUCCACGAAUAUAGAUUCACAGAGCAUAGUCUCUAUGCCGCCUUAUCGGUAGGUCUACGUGGUGAAGAUAUAAUACGUGCACUAGAAAAGCUGUCCAAAACUCCCGUGCCGGAGACCGUGAUCGAUUUCAUUAACCGCCACACGAAAACCUACGGAAAGGUACGGCUUGUUUUAAGGAACAACAAGUUCUUUGUCGAGUCCGACGAGCGCGAAAUCAUCGACAUGCUCCUGAAGGAUCCUGUUAUUGGCCCCUGCAAAGCAGUCGGCACGGACGUCCAAGUUGGAAGAAUCCAAACGAAGGCGACUGUUAUUCAAGGGACCAGUAACGCCAAAGGCAUGACACAGGCGGGGCAGGGAAACGUGGAGAUGCCUAGAGAUGAUCCGGCCAAGGAGAACGAGGCCAUGAUCGCUGCUCUGAGGGAUGAAGAAGAUGAAGAGGAUACCUACAAGGAAGCCACUAGUUUCGAGAUCGCGCCAAACAAACGUGACACAGUGGCGAAGCAGUGCUUAGACAUUGGCUAUCCUGCCAUCUCAGAGUACGACUUCGCCAACGAUUUCGAAAAUGCGACAUUACCGAUUGACCUGAAACCUUCCACUCAAAUCCGGCCGUACCAGGAGAAAGCGCUCAGCAAGAUGUUUGGUAACGGCCGUGGCAAGAGUGGCAUCAUUGUCCUGCCUUGCGGGGCGGGGAAGACUCUGGUUGGUAUCACCGCAGGCUGCCAUAUCAAGAAGAGCAUCGUCGUUCUCUGCACAAGUGCCAUGUCCAGCUACCAAUGGGCCAAUGAAUUCAGGAAAUGGUCUGAUAUCAGAGAAGAGGAUAUCGCCGUAUUUUCUGCUACCGAGAAGAAGAGGUUCCAUGGAGACGCAGGAGUGCUGGUCACUACCUACUCCAUGAUCACAGCAGGUGGGAAGCGCGCCCACGAUACUCAACAGAUGAUGGACUGGGUGUACGGCAAAGAAUGGGGUCUGAUGCUACUCGAUGAGGUCCAUGUCGUCCCCGCCAAAAUGUUCAGAAAGGUCGGCGAAAACAUCCGCUCCCACUGCAAACUUGGUCUUACCGCCACAUUGCUCCGAGAGGACGAUAAAAUCACCGAUCUCAACUUCAUCAUUGGACCGAAAUUGUAUGAAGCCAAUUGGAUGGAGCUUGCUGAGCAGGGUCACAUUGCCAAAGUGCAAUGUGCCGAAGUAUGGUGCCCGAUGUCUAUGGAAUUCUACCAAGAAUAUCAGAAUGCAAGCACGAGGAAGCAGCCUUUGUUCUAUAUUAUGAAUCCUGAAAAGUUCCGGGUUUGCCAGUAUCUCAUCAAUUACCACGAGAACCGCGGCGACAAGAUCAUCGUGUUCAGUGACAAUUUAUUUGCGUUAAGGCACUAUGCAGAGAACAUGAAGAGGGCUUUCAUUUACGGUGAAACCAGCAACUACGAGCGCCUCGAAAUUCUCAACCGAUUCCAGCACGAUGAUCGGCCCGAAUUUAGUACCAUCUUUCUGUCCAAAAUUGGCGAUACGUCGCUUGAUUUGCCAGAAGCAACUUGCCUGAUUCAGAUUUCUUCGCAUUAUGGGUCACGACGUCAAGAAGCACAACGGCUAGGCCGCAUUUUACGGGCAAAGCGUCGCAACGACGAAGGCUUUAAUGCAUUCUUCUAUUCUCUCGUCUCCAAAGAUACAACCGAGAUGGCAUACAGCGCCAAACGACAAGCUUUCCUGGUUGACCAAGGUUAUGCCUUCAAGACCAUCACACAUUUGGCGGGUAUGGACAAGAUGGACAAGCUCAUGUACUCGAGGGCUGAAGAGAGAAAUGAGUUGCUGGCGAAGGUGUUGCUUCAAAACGAAACGGCUGCCGACAUUGAGAAAGUCGACGACAAUAUGUGGAGUCAUCUGAGUGGAGGAGGUUCCUCAGCCAAGGCCAGGGCGCAGAAGUUGCAGGUGCGCAGACAAGCUGGCUUACUGGCGGAUGUCAGCGGUGGUGGUACUAUGGCCCCCAUGUACCGUGAGCAAGACCGAAGGAGCAAGAAGAACCAGGGACCCGAGAGCGAAUGGUUCAGAAAAGAGGCCCGACGGCGCGAACUUGCAGCCAAGAAAAGAAAGAAGGAGAAGAUGGAGGCGGAAAGGGCUUCGGGUCGUGCAUAG